GUAUAAUGAAAACUCAAAUAUAUUAAACAAUUCCGAAUUUGGCACAGAUUUCAAUUUCAGUGAGCAUUGAUUGACACGAAAUGUACAAGUGGAGAGGUGUGGGGAGAAGGAAGGGAUUGAAAAUUGCAACUGCCACAUUAAUCAUACGCAGCGUGGUGCAAAUUUUAACAUGUGUACACGUUGUUGGUUGCUGGAAAAUGGAUACUAGAGUUAGAGUCUCGACAUAAUCACGGCAACAGGUGGCAGCCAGCUAUGCAACCAACAAGUCAUUUGUGUCGAUUUCGUCAGCAGGUUGCAGAUAAACGCCAAUGUGAAUGUGAAUGUAAAUUUAUUUUUGUAGGAAAUUCAUUUUUCGGAUGCUCGUUGCUUUGUGACUGGCAAUAAAAUUGCGAAUAUCACAUGUGGUGUGAAGGACCAAAAGUCGUUAUACUUCGAUUUUAAAACCAACAAGAAUGUCCUCGUCAAUUUGGUGGGCGUUUCACGUAUUACGCUAAAUACCAUAGGUAGCAAAAAUGCUCUAGCGCUCAAUGGAAUGAGGCUGGAUAUAUGCCAGAUACUAGCUGGAGCUUCUCGACCUUCACUGCUUUCGUUUAUAAGCAAAGGAUUGCGAGAAUCACUCGUUGAAUUUCCCAAAAAAUGUCCUUUGAAAGCAGACACCACCUAUAGAGUGCACAACAUGAGCUUCGAUGCGAGCGUCUUGCCUAGAUUUACACCUGACUAUAAUUUCACAUAUUCGGGCAUUUUUAUGGCAAACAAUGUGCACAGCUUUGAGGUUUGGUGUUGGGGCGUAUUUAAUUAAAUUUCAUAUUUAAAUGUUGAAGGAAGUAAGCUUAAAGUUCAACAAAUAUAUUAUUAAAGAGAGCAUCGAGUGCUUCACAGUUGAGUCUCACUCAAAAAGCAGCAUUUAUUACAGAGAGUGAGAAAAUGAAAAGAUGAGAGAGCAGUGAGAGAGCGAGAGCGAGAGCUGAGCCGGGUCUGAGUGGCUGGUCCGGUCUUUAACUAAGCCUGGCGACGACUCUCCAGCCGACAGUCUGCCAUCCAAACUCGAACGAAGCGGUACGCCUGCGCGCACGUUGUGCAAUCCGUCAGAUACAAGAUACAUGAAGCUAAUAGACUGCUGUCACAACUAACAAAAAAAUACCAUCAAAGUGAAUGAAUGUGAAUUGAUUUUUAAGUUGAAUACCAAUUGAAUACGCAAUCUAUGUGACUAUAACUAUAUACACAUGUGAAAGACAAGAACGAGGCAACAACAUCGCGCAGACAUCGAACGGCAAAAAUUAUAAAAAAGGAGAAUCAAAAGAAAAACAAAAUAAAAAAGCAUAAAAAUUCCUCAGAUCGUUGUGUUCGGUGUGUUCGGCGACUGAGCAAGCGAACAACGUGAAUGUUGUGUGUGUUGGACGGUCAAAAGCCGGACAAAAAGCCCUAAAAAUAAAAUAAAAAUAAAAUCAAGCAAAGGUGCGAGACAAGAAAUUAAAUUGAUAAACCUAAAAGCAAAAGCAAACACAGCAACCACAGCAAAAUCGAAACCCUUGACCGUGCCUAGCUUGAGUCUUGAGUCUCUGGGCAGGACUUGGAAUUGGACUUGUCGCGCUGCUGUGGCAAUUAUCAAGCGCAAUGCAUCAGCCAGGGAAUGCCAAACGACUGUUGUAGACAAGUCUCUGCGUGUGUGUGUGUGUGUUUAGGUAUAUCAAUGUGUGUGCGCGCGCGUGUGUGUGUGUGUGGUAAAUAGCUCAAAGCCACGAAAUUGGUUUUAUCGGUGCGCCAAAAUCGCCAAUUGCAAAAAUUGCAAACAAAACAGCGAAGCUGUUAAGCCAGCCAAGAAGGGACUAAGCCACAGCCAAAAACAAAAAAUAUCUAUAGAAAAGAGCAAGUAAAAAAACUAUAAGAACAACAACAACAACAGUAGCAACCAGCAGAAGAAGAAGCAGCAGCAGCAACAGCAGCGACGGCGCAUCGCGUGGAGGUCGCGAUAAACUGCAAAAGUCCAAAAACUGCGGCAAAACACUGGGAAGGAGGAAAUUGCUAAAAUAUUACCCGAAAGGCAUAUUCGCUAUGUACAUACGUGUGCAACGGCCACAGAUACAGACAAUAACAACAACAACAACAUCGAGUACGACAACAGCAACAACAACAGCAGCAGCGAGUACGACAACAACAAUAGCUAAAGCGACGGCUGAGCAAAAUGUAUAAUAAAAAAUUACAACAAGUGAUCGUGCAGAAAAUAGAUCGAUAAAACGACCAAAUAAAAAAUAAAGUAAAAACACAAAAAACAACUACAACAAAUACGAACAGAACGAGCGAAAAAAAAUAAAUAAAGCGGCGUUGGGCACGUUUUUUUCUUUUUGUGUGUCUGUCUGUUUUUCUGUUGUUGCGCUGUUUCAAUUUCAAUUGUGGAAAUCGAAGAAAAAUCGCCCAAACCCAAACGCAAAGCUUCGACGUAAACGUAAUAAACGAACCGGUCAGAGCGAGACAGAUAGAGGGAGUGUGAGCGAGAAAGAGAGCGAGCUAGUUGGUGAUAGAACUAGCGAAGGAACCCGGCAAAAAGCGAGGAGAACCCGCAACUACACUGAUCAAAUAGCCUUGGAUCAGGCGCAAUAUUUAUUAAACAAAGCCAGAAAUUAAUUUCACGACUUUCGUCGACAACGACGACGACGACGAGCUGCAUCUGAGUUUCAUCUGGCUAACCCCCGCUUCGAUUGCCCCACCCCGGCCGGCGUCUUUAUGCGCAGCUUGAACUUGCACUCGGAUUGAGAGCGUGACAGCAAGCAACGAAGAACGAGGGAGACUGAGGAGAGAGCGAGAGCGAGUGAGAGAGAGGCAGCAUAAAGUUCGGUGACUGCAGCAGCAAAAUGUACGACAUCAAGCGCCUGGAAGCCGGACAACAGCAGCAGCAGCAACAACCCCAACAGCAACCAAUUGAGAAAAUUUUAAGCGAUCGUCUGUGCGGCACAACGGCGUUGCAACAGCUACAGCUCACCUGCAGCGUUAUAACGCCCACGCCGCGUAACAGCAACACGCACUGCAGCAACAUCAGCAACAGCAGCCUUAGUAGUAGCAGCAGCAGCAACUGCAGCAGCAUCAACAGCAAUCCCAUUGAAGCCACACACAUGACACUGUUGACGCUGCGUCGUCGCCGGGCGUUCCAGCGUCGCGCUUGCCUGCUCAGCAUACUGGCCGCCUUUGUCUUUGGCAUGGCGCUGGGCGUCAUCGUACCCAUGCUCGGCCUGCCCGACUACUUUGCCAACACGAGCAGCAGCGGCAGCAGUCUAAGUGAUGAGCCAAUUGUUCGAUCCCUGAAUCUAAGCGACGAUCCACCUCCGUUGCCCUACAGCGUUGCCUUUAUACGCGACGAAGCUGUUGAGUCAGAGCUGUCAGCGAAUCUUGAGCUGAGUGCCGAGCAGGUAUUUCGCAAUGCAUUCCACUUGGAGCAGGACAAGAAUGCGCCCGACUCCAUGAUCGUUAAGAAGCUGGACACUAACGAUGGCAGCAUCAAGGAAUUCCAUGUGCAGCGCAUUAGCAACGGUCGCUAUCGCAAGGGACCCGAACGUCGCCUGUCCAAGUCAUCGAGCUCAGCCGCCACAGCCACCGCGAGCAAGUCGCUGGCCAAGCCACAGCUGCAGCUGCAACACCAAGCAACGUCGACGACAGCGGCUCGCGAUCAGCAACUGCAGCAGGCAGGCAUCAUUGAGUCGAACAUCUAUUGGGGCGAACUGGUGGAGCAGGCACUGCCCAAGGGCUUUGCGGCCGAGGAUCAGCACAGCUGGGAGCGCUAUGUGGCAGGUCAGGGUCAGGUCACGCGGCUGGAGCAGGGCUGUGGACGCAUGCAGAAUCGUUUGGUUGUGUUCGCUGAUGGAACGCGUGCCUGUGCACGCUAUCGCCAGAACACGGAUCAGAUACAGGGCGAGAUAUUCAGCUAUUACCUCGGUCAGCUGCUCAACAUUAGCAAUCUGGCGCCCAGUGCAGCGACAGUCAUUGACACAACGACGCCAAGCUGGUCGAGUGCAUUGGGCGACAUCACGCAGGCGCAGUGGAAGGAACGUCGACCGGUGGUGCUAACGCGUUGGUUGGCCGAUUUGGAGCCAGCGGGCAUACCGCAACCGUUUCAGCCACUGGAGCGACAUCUCAACAAGCACGAUGUCUGGAACCUAACGCAGCAGUUGCAGCAUCAGCAGCUGAAGCGGGAGAGCAGUGAGAGCGAGGGCGAGGGCGAGAGCGGGAGCAUGUCGCGGGGAUUACUCAAGCGACUGGAGGCUGCCGCUGCCAGCAGCCAAACGGUCGAUCAUCAAUCACGCAUGCUUGAGGAGUCAGCUAAGGAGUUGUUGUCCUCGACUGGAACUGCAACUGCAACGGCAACAGCAACAGCAACGACGACCUCGUCAACGACGGCUCUGCUGCAGCGACUAAUUGAAUUGGCACAAUGGUCCGAUUUAAUCGUCUUCGAUUACCUGAUCGCGAACCUCGAUCGUGUCGUUAAUAACUUGUACAACUUUCAAUGGAAUGCCGACAUUAUGGCUGCGCCAGCUCACAAUCUUGCCCGCCAGAGGGAUACGCAGCUGCUCGUGUUCCUUGACAACGAAUCGGGCCUGCUGCAUGGCUAUCGGCUGCUCAAGAAGUAUGAGGCCUAUCACAGUCUCCUGCUCGACAAUCUGUGCAUCUUUCGUCGUCCCACCAUCGAGGCGCUGCAGCGAUUGCGUGCAGGAGGAGCCGGAGGUGCAGAUGGAGGAGCGGGGACAAAACUGCGCGAACUCUUUGAGCGCACAACCAGCCCGAAUGUGCGUGAUGUGCUGCCCUCGCUGCCGGAUAAAUCAAUCAAGAUUCUGGCGGAACGCAUCGAUCGCGUGCUGGCCCAGGUCCAAAAGUGCAGCGACAGCAACAAGAGCAGCUAAUGAAACGAUACCAACGAUCGACAACGACAACGAC